GUGUGUUCCCGGUCCGAUUGGCAUAUCUUUAUUUACGUUUACAAUUUUUACUUUACAGCUUACUAACAAAUCUUAGUAGGUAGGUAACUAGUCUGGUUAAUUGCUAAUUUACUGAGAAACGCAGUCGUCCUUCGUCAAAAUCAUGAAACCUUUGAUGUUGCAAGGGCACGAACGUGCCAUCACUCAGAUCAAAUAUAACCGAGAAGGCGAUCUACUCUUCACGUCGGCUAAGGACGUUACACCCAAUGUCUGGUAUUCGUUAAACGGAGAACGUCUUGGUACGUACAACGGCCACACUGGAGCUGUGUGGUGUAUCGACGUCGACUGGCAAACGUCUAAAUUUUUGUCUGGCGCUGCAGACAAUUCUUUAAGGUUAUGGGAUGUGUCCACAGGUGUUGAGAUUGGCAAUAUUAGCAGUAAUUCCGCCGUACGUACCUGUUCUUUUAGUUAUUCUGCUAAUAUGGCUAGUUAUUCUACCGAUCAAGCUAUGAAACAGGAGUGUGAAAUCUUUAUUGUCGAUGUUCGUGACGACGAUUCUUUUAAGAACAGCGCUCCAAUCGUUAGAAUGACUGUACCCGACUCUAAAGUAACUUCUUUAAUAUGGGGAACGUUGGAUAAAACAAUCAUCACUGGUCACGAGGAUGGUGUAAUUAUGCAAUGGGACUUAAGAACUGGAAAGAGUAUCGAAACAGUCAAAGACCAUAAUGGAUCGAUUAAUGACAUGCAAAAGAAUCGACAAGGAACAAUGUUUGUGACUGCAUCAAAAGAUAAUUCUGCAAAAUUGUUUGAUGUGGAAGAUUUAUCUGUACACAAAGUGUACAUGACUGAGCGACCUGUAAACAGUGCUGCACUUUCUCCCAUCUAUGAUCAUGUUGUUUUGGGUGGUGGACAAGAAGCUAUGGAUGUAACAACAACUGCGGCUCAAGCUGGGAAAUUCGAUGCCAGAUUCUUCCAUGUAAUUUUCGAAGAAGAAUUUGCAAGAGUAAAAGGCCAUUUCGGUCCUAUCAAUUCGCUGGCAUUCCACCCGGACGGCGAGAGCUUUAGCACUGGCGGAGAGGAUGGUUUCAUUAGGGUACAAUCUUUUGAUCCCUCGUACAAAGAAUUCAAAUUUGAUUAUUGAUUAUUCCUAGACUUGAUAAAUUAAAUCCUUUUUUUUUUGUACAAUAAACUGCAAGCCGAUGAAUCCGAUAUUGUUCAUCUAUGAUAUUAUAAAAAAAAUCUGAUAUAUUUAA